ACUGGCAGCCCCUUUUUGUAAAUGACAGAUAUCAUGUCAACAAGCCCAUGUGGGGCUCAAGUGUAAAAAUUUUGUUAAUUUCGACAAUCUAAAAUUGUGAGUGUGCGGUUAUAUUCAACGUUUUACUAUGAAAAACGACAAGAACAACCAAAAAAACCAAAGCAGGAAAAAUAAAUUCCAGCUUUACAAACCGAGGAAGAAAAAAAGUGUAGAAGAAGACGCAGCUAUACAAUAUUUACAGGCGCAGUACGACAAGAUAGUUCCCGAUGAAAUAAAAACAUUCAAAGACUUCCCACUGUCCCAAAAGACACUAAAGGGAUUGAAAGAAAAUAACUACAUAACGCCCACAGAGAUACAGAAACAGGCUAUUGGCUAUGCACUGCAAGGCAAAGACAUUUUGGGUGCUGCUAAAACUGGCUCUGGUAAAACGUUAGCAUUUCUUAUACCAAUAUUAGAAAAGUUAUUUUGCAAAAAAUGGACAAGAUUGGAUGGUGUAGGAGCAUUAGUGAUAUCUCCUACACGGGAGUUGGCUUACCAGAUAUAUGAGACUUUGAGGAAGAUUGGUCACCUCCAUGACUUUUCAGCUGGCCUCAUCAUUGGAGGACAAAACCUAAAGUUUGAGAGGAAAAGGAUGGACCAGAUUAAUAUAUUAAUUUGUACUCCAGGCCGACUGCUUCAGCACAUGGAUGAGAACCCUUUGUUCAGCUGUAGCCAGCUGCAAAUACUUGUGCUGGAUGAGGCAGACCGGUGCUUGGACAUGGGGUUUGAGGCCACAAUGAAUGCCAUCAUUGAGAACUUACCACCUGAGAGACAGACACUAUUAUUUUCAGCUACACAGACCAAGUCCGUUAAAGAUCUGGCUAGACUCAGUUUGUCAUUCCCUACUUAUGUUGCUCCUCAUGAGCAAGCAGAAACAGUGACACCGGAGUCACUGCAACAAAGCUACAUUGUGUGUGAGAUUGAUGAAAAGAUUGGCAUUCUGUGGUCUUUUAUUAGAAACCACUUGAAACAAAAAGUAUUGGUGUUCAUGGCCACAUGCAAGCAAGUUAAGUACAUUUAUGAUCUGUUCUGUAAGCUGAGACCUGGAGUAAGCUUAUUGGCUUUAUAUGGAACACUACAUCAGGAGAAAAGGGAGAAAAUUUAUAAUGAAUUUUGCAGGAAAUCAAAUGUGGUACUUUUUGCAACAGACUUGGCUUCAAGGGGUCUUGACUUUCCUCGGGUUAAUUGGGUGAUUCAAAUGGACUGCCCAGAAAAUGUGGAGACAUACAUCCACAGAGCUGGCCGCACGGCUCGAGGUGUGUUUGGUAAAGGAGAAGGGCUUUUGAUGCUCCAACCACAUGAAGAGAAACUUGUAGAAGACUUAAAGAAAAGCAAGAUACCUAUAAAUAAAAUUGCUGUAGACCCAUCUAAAGUGAUUGCACCACAAAGGAAAAUAGAAGGAUUAUUGUCUGACAAUACUGAACUCAAACAAUCGGCACAAAGAGCUUUUGUGAGUUAUGUAAAGUCUGUGUUUCUCAUGAAGAAUAAGGAAAUUUUCAAUAUUCAAUUAUUAGAUACUGAUGCAUAUGCUAGAUCUCUUGGAUUAAUUGUACCACCAAGAAUUAGGUUUCUGGACAAAUAUAAUGCUAUUGCGAGAAAGAAUCAGUCAGAAGCGACAGUAAGUAAUGAUGUAAUAGAUAAAUUAAAAGCCAAUCCUGAUGAGGAGACUGACCACAGUGUAGAUGAGGAGGAAGAACAAGCUGAAGUUAAAGUUGAAAAGAAACCAAGACAAAAGAAAAAAGACUUAGUAACAUUUGAUUUCCACAAUGAUGCAGAUAGUGAUGAGGAUGAAUUCUUGCAAGUCAAGAGAACGAACAUAGACGUAGAGGAGGUUCCAGUUGAGGAACAAAGUACAUCCAAGAAGAAAGCAAAACCUGUUACUAAAGCAGCUGUUGCUAAGAAAAUAUUGAAGAAAAAGCUUAAAGUAAACACAAAGGUCACAUUCACAGAAGAGGGGGAUGUUGUAGCUGAUGAAAAGAGAGAUGUGAAAUCAGAAUUAGCUAAACAGUUUGUCAAUGAGAAUGUGGGAGGCAUAGACAUUGAGAAAGCUAAGGAAGUUUUACAAGAAGAGGACAAAUACGAUAAAAUUAGAUUCAGGGAGAAAGUGAAAGCCAAACACAAGGAGCAAAAACGUAAACUCAAGAAUAAAAAGAAGGAUGAAGAAGGGGAGAAAGAUGACUUUGGUUCACAAUCAGAAUCUGAUGGCCCUGAUCUGUCUUGGUUGCCAGACCCUGAUCAGUUAUAUGGCAAAAAAGAUGACACUGAUGCUGCAAGCUCUGAUGGCCAACAUGAUGGAGAUUCAGACAAUGAACAGGCACUGUCAGAAUCAGAAGAUGAUGAAGUGUAUCAUAGGCCCACCAAAAGAAAACUGGUUGAAAGCAAAGGAAUUCCUCAAGAAAGUGUGGCGCCUCGAAAGCUGAAGAAGGUCCAAGAUAUAUCAGCGUCACUCUCUGUACAGGAAGCGGAAGCUCUCGCCAUGCAGUUACUCAGGACUAAAUGAUAACUUGUACAAAUAUGAAAACAAUAAAUAAUUAUGCAUAUAAUAUA